UAACCCCGGCAAAUCAUUUAUUGUUUUUCUGCGACUUUCUCUAGCAGCUUUCUUGGAGGAAGGAAAAGCGCUACAGCCGCUCACGCACUGUCAAGUCGGAGGGGCUAUUGGCUAAUCUCCAACAUUCAAACUGUCAAUCAAGAUGAAAGGGCUAUAUAAAGCCAUAGUACGGGUAGUUAGACAGUGCUGGGAUAGAACAGUCAUAUAGGCAGUUGUAGACGCGAGAUCCAGUCGUUCUGUUGGUUGACGCACGCACUGUGUUGGCGCUCCAUGUCAGCUAUUAUCACUGCAUUUUCGUACUGUUCCUAUUAUGACGAAGCCGUGUCGUACCUCUGAUAUUAAAACUGGAUUGAUAAGAAUUUUGUCGUAGAGGGGUAAUGGUAUGGAGAACACUUAGACAUCCAUCUGGCAUGAGCCACGCACUUUGGGUAGGUGUGGAUUGUCUAUGUGGCUACUCUAAUUUCAUUCUCAUCAAAAGGCAUCUUUAUACCUAACAAAUUCGUAAUGGAUUUAAAUAAUUUCGGAAACGCGGUGCUUUUCACGUUCCACAUCAUCUUCUGCAUAUUGAAAGCAUGCUUGGGGUUGUUGAUCCGGAGCAGACGGAAAGACCUUCGCGGAGAGGUGGUAUUGAUCACCGGCGGUGGACGGGGCAUCGGUCGGCAUUUGGGGAAAGAGUUUGCAAAACAUGGAGCAAAAAAGUUGAUCCUGUGGGGCCGCACUGAGAGGUGUCUGAUUGAGACCUGCGAGGAGAUCUCUCUCACCACCGGAGCCGAGUGCCAUUACUUCCUGUGUGACGUGGCCAAUCGGGAGGAGGUGUACAAGCAGGCCAAGGUGGUCCGAGAGAAGGUGGGCGACGUCACCAUUCUAGUGAAUAACGCUGCAGUGGUUCAUGGGAAGAGUCUGAUGGCCAGUGACGAUGAUGCUCUGAUGAAGACUCAACACAUCAACACGCUGGGCCAGUUCUGGACCACCAAAGCCUUCCUACCCCGCAUGCUAGAGCUUUGCCAUGGCCAUGUGGUGUGUAUCAACUCCAUCCUGUCCCUGUCCUCCAUCCCGGGGGCCAUAGAUUAUUGCACCUCCAAGGCCUCGUCCCUGGCGUUCAUGGAGAGCCUCACCCUGGGCCUGCUGGACUGCCCUGGGGUGGGCUGCACCACCGUGCUCCCCUUCCACACAAACACUGACAUGUUCCAUGGCAUGAGAGUCAGGUUCCCUCAGCUCUUCCCCCCGCUAAAUCCUGAGCUGGUGGCCCAGCGGACGGUGGACGCAGUCCGGACCAACACUCCAUUCAUCUACUUACCUUGGACCAUGCAUGCUCUCGUUAUUCUCAAGAGCUUCCUGCCUCAGGCAGCUCUGGAGGAGAUCCAGCGUUUCUCAGGGUGCUACACCUGCAUGGACACCUUCAAGGGACGUACAUAAGAAUGGAGAGGCUACACACGAGUAGUGAGCAUCAGAAGCACGAACAUUGUGGCUUGGCACUAAGAACCCGCACAGAAGUAUCUCCAAGACAACAGAGGCCUUAGGAACUAUGGGUACUUGGGGUCACAGUGCCCUGAUGGCGCAAGAAGAGAUCUGCUGUGGAAUCUUGAAUUGAAUAGUGGUGUUUGGGUUGGCAGAUUGGGUGGCCCCAAACUGAUUUCUAUGCUGCUUGGAGUUGGUUGGUGUUUCCUCCAAAAGACUUUCAGUUUGGGAUCAUGGACUAAGCACCAGAUGGACUGCUAUUCAGAACUGAUCAAGCCUUACCACUGUGGUAAACUUCCCAUCUGUCUUACUAAUGAUACCAUUACUAAUUUGAAAAUGCACAGAGAUUAGGUUGAAUGGAUUGUACUCAGUAUGUUAACAAAUGAGUAACAUCUGGUAGUUGCAUUUCAUUUGUGACUUCUUGGAGUUUUUGUGUUAAGAAAAAAAACUGGUGUUAAAUCUGUAUUCAAUAGUCAUAUUUUGGGGGAUUUACCACUUGACAGUAUUGUGAAUAAGCUGUCUUGUGUGUGUUUGCGCAGAUCCAGUCUUGAGUUUUUUUAUUUUAUUGUCUGCUAAAGACUCCAGCCUUCUCAUGGUCAACAUUCCUGUGCUGCAGCCCUGCCAAUUGUGAGCUCAUUGUUCAUUUUGUAAGGGUUGUCAUAACACUCUCUGCUCCAUAGGAAAGUAUACCGGAGAAGUUCCUUCCAUUUGAAGACCCAUAGAAAUGGUUUCAGGGGGACACGGGCAAUACAAUCAACAUUCUCAGAUUCAUCAUUCAUUUGACACAUGGGAUAACAUUGAUUUGAUCCUAUACUGUGCCUACUGAACACACUUGUUGGUACCCUCUUUAUCUGUCCCUCAGCUCUGUCUUUUAAUCUUCUUUAGUAUGGUCAUCCAUCUGGAGCACAGACAGCUGGAGAAUCAUACCUGGCCUGGUGGGCUCUAUUGUCCAAUACCUGGCCUGGUGGGCUCUAUUGUCCAAUACCUGGCCUGGUGGGCUCUAUUGUCCAAUAUCAGUUUUCCCACAUUAUGUUGAAUCUAGGGUUUGUGGUUAUGGUUAGCAUCUUAAGUAGGCGAAGAUAUUGAACAUUCAAACUUGAUGUAUCUUGAUCAAAGAAUUCCUGAAUGGGAGAAAGUUUUGAUAAAACAAACUCACUUGGACACAUUUAGUGCACAAAAGCAAGGGAGGCACAAUCAUACUGUUUUAGACCAGACAUGUUUCAGACUGGAAUCCUGAAUGUAAUGGUCCAACCAAUGAUGUGUGUAUAUAUACACCCAGAUGCUAUGUAAUCCCCAAUGGGAGGCUUUGAAGCCACCAGUUGGCCAUAUUGGCACUCCCGAGCAGCCCUCCAUAAAAAUGAAUGGAAUUCCACAGUAUUUCAAUUAAAUGUUUCAAGGAUAAAAUUACCUGUUGUUGUAGUGGGGUCAGUAACAGAACUUUCUAAUUAUUUGACUUUAAGAAAAAUGUUUAAAUAUAUUUUAAAUGUUUGUUUUAGCUCACAUAAUAUAAACGUAUGCAUUAAGGUGUCUGUAAUGGAAUGGACAUGGCAAAACAAAUGUAGACCUUUUUAAUAAAUCAAUUUCUAUAGCUUCCAAAAUACAAUGGUGGGCGAGUGUCAAGAUGGAGGGGUGGUGGAUUGAAAAAAGCACCCUGUCAGUCAUCUAGAGUGUGUAUAUAUGAGAUUUAAAAAAGAUAUAUUUAUAUAUAGGGCUCGUUUCAAUCAGAUCCGCUUUAGCCAACAUCUGCAUAGCGGGAGUGGAACUGUGUUAGAGCUGCAAACGAGUGGCUACUGUAAUCUAACGCCUCUGCCCUGAAGCAAGCACCAGCUAGCCUUGAGCUGGCCUAGAGCUAGGCCCAUAUACCAGCUAAUUCUAGGGCUACAAUACCUCCUUUGCCAAUUGGCCUGGACCCCUUUGUUGACACGGAGCCCCGCCGAUCCAUCAUGACUGGACUGUCGACGUGAUCGCCCGAUGUGGUCUCAACAGGCUAUUCUGUUACAAUAUCACCACAGAACCAUCUACUAGCCCCGGCCCGCUAGCUUUUUCUAAACGCUGUGUCCCCUGCUUGCCCAGCGUAGUAGUGACUACUGAACUGCACCCUGACUCACCUAUUGCUGCUCUUUUGACCCUAUGAUCACUCGAUCACACAGCUGAUGCCCCCUGGACUGUUUCAAUGACACGGUACCUCAUUUUGUUUACCUGUCGGCCCCAGCCUCAAACUCCGGUCCUGUAUGUACCUAACUAACCCGUUCUGCCCAUUCCUUGCCAUUUACCCGUUGUCUUAGCUCUCCUGAUCAACACCUGUGACUGACUGCUUUAUGCCUCUCUCUGUCAAUAUGCCUCGUCUACUGCUGUCUUGGCUAGUUUGUAUUGUUUUAUGUCACUUAGAACCCUCAGUCCUGCUCAAAAUACCUUAUAGCUCUUUCACCCUGUCUCUUACUGUUGCGCUUGUUACAGACCCCCCUCAGUCCCCAGCUGUGUUCUGGACACCAUAUGUAAAUUAAUUGCCCCCCAUUUAUCUUCAGAGGUUGUACUGUUAGGUGACCUAAACUGGGACAUGCUUAACACCCGGCCAUCCUACAGUCUAAGCUAAAUGCCCUCAAUCUCACAAAUUAUCAUGGAAUUUACCAGGUACAACCCCAAAUCCGUAAACACAGGCACCCUCAUAGAUAUCAUCCUGACCAACCUGCCCUC